CAUCAAUCAUCAAUCAAUCAAUCAUCAAUUCUUUCAUUCAUUUUUGAAGAGAGGUAUCUGCCCGCCUGGCAUACCCAACGAACCAACUUUUACUUUUCAAUGUUUACCUUAUGUGUGUUGAUUACUCUUAGUCCAUCGCCUUACAGAACACCGUUGUAAUUGGCCCAUAUAACAAUACCAGAUAGAACGCUGAACGUGACCAGAUGCUAGUGCUUAAGUUUAAAGUGGCAUUGACUGCUCUCGGGCUGAAUCAGUCGAAAUUUGGCAACGACAGUCGUCGCAACAGCAAAAGAAAACUUAUCUUAACUUCAGCCCGACGCAGAUUGAAUUAGUCAUAUAUCCAAACUUCCACCUAUGUGCAUACAAGAGAUCUAGAGACAAGUCGAGCCUACUUUUUUUUUCUUGUUUCGAAUAUAUACAUAAAUAAUCGUGUGCCAUGGAUAAUCCGGGCUAUGUGAUAGACUGUGAGCGCGAGUUUGGUGAGUUCGAGGGUGCGCGCCAGAGAUCGGUCAGUGAAUCCAAACGCGAAUACAGCUUCGAGGAGGCGAUCACAUUGGCGGGCCACGGACGCUUCCAUCUGAAGCUGCUGCUCGUCUGCGGGCUCUGCUUCAUGGCCGUCAUGGUGGAGAUAAUGGGCAUUAGCCUGAUCAUGCCGCUGGUCAAGUGUGACCUGCAGGCCACGCUGGAGCAGCAGGGCAUUCUGGCAUCGGCCGGAUUUCUGGGCGUUGUGCUCAGCUCGCAUGCCAUGGGCUUCCUGGCGGACACCUGGGGGCGCGUGGUGACGCUGCGCUAUGCGAUGCUCCUGAGCGCCAUCAGCUCCAUCGUGUCGGCCUUUUCGAUCAACAUUUGGAUGCUAAUCGUGUUCCGCUUCCUAACCGGCUUCUUCAUAUCCGGCGGACAGGCGUGCGUGUUCAGCCUGUGCGGCGAGUUCCAUGGCAACCGCACACGCGUCCGACAUGUCACGCUGCUCUCCUGCUUCAUGUGCAUUGCCAUGAUGUUUGCACCAGCUGUGGCCAUUGGCAUCCUGCCGCUGCAGCUGAGCGGCACGCUGCUGGGCGUGAGCGUCGCCUCGUGGCGUUUGUUUCUCAUCGCCGACGUCUCCAUCGCACUGCUGGCCUUGAUCGGUCUGCUGAUGGUGCCCGAGACGCCCAAGUAUUUGCUCGUCCACGGACGCACCGAGGAGGCGCUGCAAACGCUGGGCACGAUAUUCGCCCAGAACUCGGGCAGGCCCGCCAGCGAGUAUCCCGUGGAGCGUCUGGCCCCGCAGCUGGGCGGCGCCAGUCUGUCGAAUGUGCACGGCUUCUGUGAUGCAGUGCAUCUCAUUUGGCAGCAGACGGUGCCGCUUUUCCACCGCUCGCGCGUCCUCCACACGCUCAACAUCUGCAGCAUGCAGUUCCUCAUCUAUGGCAUCGCCCAGGGCAUCUUCAUGUGGUUCCCCACCAUACUCAACGAGCUGGGCAAGGACACAGCGCGCGGCUCGCUCCUCUGCACUGUCCUGCAGAGCUUCAACCCCGAACCGCAAUCCGCAGAGGAUGGCAGCGGCUGCAUCAUGUCAGCGGACAUCACUACCUACCAGGUGAUGAUCACCAUUGGAGGCGCCUUCACGCUCAUCUACCUCAUCUUCGCCUACACCAUCGAUAUGAUUGGCAAGCGGAAUCUAUUGAUCGCCUGGAUGCUGCUGACCGUCGUGUGCUUGGCUCUGCUCCACUGGCUGCAGGACUUCAUCCUGGUGGUCAUCGCGCUGACCCUGGCCAUGGCCAUUGGCAACUGCGGCGGCCUGGUCAGCACCAUUGCCAUGGACUUCUACCCGACGCAGAUCAACGCGAUGGGCAUGUGCUUCAUCAUGAUGGUGGGUCGACUCGGCGCCGUCGUGGGCAGCAAUGUGCUGGGCGGCCUGCUGUUCAGCAGCUGCGACAGCAGCUUCUGGGCACUGCUCGGCCUGGUUCUCGUUCUCAGUGGGAUGGCAUACUUUCUACCGGAGCAGACCAAGUCCAAGGCCAGGCGGCAAUCCUCCGCUGUCGACGGCCAGGAAAUUAGCUCUAAGUAACUGUAGCCCCCACUAUCUGUAGCUAUGUCGCUGUGCAA